GGAUCGCCGAAAUUACCGUCUUCUUGAAUUUGUGGUUUUUAUAAAUGACUACUUUCGCGGGAAACGACGACUUCAUCAACAUCGUGAAUACGUACUGGGAUGAAGCUGCUCGGCCGCGACUCAACGAAUACAAUGAUGUGUUCGCACACCCACAUCCUGCGUCACUCAAUGUAACACGGCAAAGGCUCGAAAUCGAAAUUUCGACUCUCCAGCGCGUCGCAAGCGAGUUCCAAGCGCAACUUGAUCGCUUACCGUACAUCCACAUCUUUCCUGUGGAGAUACUUGCACGAUGCUUUGAUUUUCUCGCCGAUGAAGAUCCACUCGAAAUGAAGUUCGCAAACACACGAGAGGCCCCCCUGGGAUGGAUCACUGUCACACAUGUAUGCCGUCACUGGAGACAAGUGGCCCUAGGCCAAUCAUCGCUAUGGCGCAGGCCAACAUUCCGGCUUGGGCAUGUAUGGUUCUCCGUGAUACUCGGACGAGCGAGAUCCACGCCGUUGUCUUUACAUUCCUCGUUCAUCCCUGCAUUUCAAUGGGAGGGCCCGAUACCUUUUCCCGAGACUAUCACCCAAGCGAUUGAAAGUCACGCCGAUCACCUGAAGUCUAUUCGUCUGUGGGACUUCCCCACCAACCCAAUAUCCAUGAUCGCGAGCUCCUUGACCCAGCCCACACCGAUGCUCCAUUCCAUUGAUCUUGGAAACUCUUUCUCCCUUCCUCCAAACUUCCUCGGUAACGCCACUCCCAAUCUGCGACACAUCAACCUUCGCCGAGUAACGAGCGAUUGGCCACUAAAGCUAUUGUCCUUCCGAGAUCUCACUCAUUUGGAAAUAGCGCAGGACAUCGAUUCUCCCAUCCCUGUACCCCACAGCGCCUUACUUGAAAUCCUAGACGGGAAUCCACAACUCGAAACCCUCAAAUUGUGGGACGUUUUCAACGACGCCGGUGCCACGCAAGAUCCCUUCGCGUUUGCCAGAAGCCGUCGAAUAUCCCUUCCCCACCUCCAGCUUCUAAAUUUCAGUGGAUUUGCCAUGGAAUUCUCCUCUCUCCUGGGAAUUCUAGCCGUCCCAGAGACUGCUGAAGUGAAGAUAUCAAGGAUCAUCCCUGGUUUGGGUCCCUCGACCUCUAACUGUCUUCCCGUCUUUUCCGCACUGGCGAACCAUUUUUACCGUCACGUAGUCCUCCGGCAACUCGCGAUUUACACCUCGGGACAGGGCAUUUAUAUUCACAGCUCGUGGCACGGCAAUGGGGACGAUAUUCUCGACUCGAUAGAUACCCCAUCGCUCUCCGGAAACUGCCUCGACUUGGAGAUAAAAUGGCAGGAAAAUAGCGUUGAUACCAUCCAUGCGUUUCUUCAUACCCUUCCGUGCCGAGAGGUCAAUACUCUUGCGAUGUUGUGCCACGACAGGGUGCCUGAAUUAUGGACUAAACAAAUCAUACUUCAGCAUCUUCCAAACGUCACAUGUCUCCGCCUCGAAGACGAAGAGACUUUGAAGCACAUGUCUCGUGCUAAGAUCGACGAAGAUGGGAAUGAGACGGGCGUCGAGCUCUUUCCACAGCUAUAUUUCCUCGAAAUACUGCACCUGGACCUGUCGAGGGAAGUACCUUACUUUGGUGGUGGCGAAUGCCGCACCCGCCUCGAGGUGCUGAAGAAGUUGCUGGUACGAAGGAAGGAAUUGGGAUCGCCGGUGACCAGACUACGGUUUACUGGAUGCAGUACUAUCCCACCGAUCGAUUUGAGCUGGUUACGGUCCUCUGUGAUGCAGAUUGACGUACUGCAGGAUCCCGAUGACGGACCUGAUUGGGAGGAGUUCGAUAAAGCGGAAGACUUUGGUAUGGGGUGAUAAGUAGUAGCUCAGAAUACACUGCCCUUCCAUUUUAUAGCUAAUUACGUCGAUUGAGCUGUAAUAUUGAUUGAAAACAC